ACAGAUUAAGAUUGAACCGCUCGCUCGACCAUAAGACGUUUUUUUCGCACAUUCCGAACGCCGGUUGGAGCACAUGCACGGCGGCCAGCACCGGCGCCGACGAACGACGACCAUCGACGAUGACUGUCGGCCAAUCACAGAACGCAUAGUCAUCGCAUACGUGGUCAAGCACUGUUGGGCGACUCGGCCUGCAUGCGCGAAGCUGGUUCAAUGUUAACCUGGUCUGAGUGUAGUUUAAUCUCGCCUGCCUCGUGUGCCCGUCACGUGUUCUAUACAGUGUUUGACGGUUUUUAUAACUCAUCUAAAUCAAUCAUUUUUCAACUCUCUACCACAGUUACAAGAAGAAAUGGAAACAUUGCCGUCAGAGAUAAUCACUCAAAUACUGGAAUACUUGCCAUUUGAUGAUCGACGAGAACUGGCUAGGGUCAACAAAGUGUUUUAUCAUGCUUCAUCUCACCCAGUAUUCUUAAAAAAAGAGUUACUUAAUUAUGAACAAUAUAGAGUCAAUUUGAAUAACUUUAACGAUUUCAAAAAUAUGUUGUUGAAAUCAAGAAGAAAAUUGUUAUACUUGAAAUUUGUUCAUUUAACUUUUUUAGAUUUAACCAUUUUCACAAGCUUAGGGAAUCACAUUAUAUCACUAAGUGUUAUUGAUUUGGUUUUGCCAAAUGAUUCAUUUCUAGAUGCUAUUACACAAUGUUGUAGUAAUCUCGAAAAACUAGAACUUAUAGAUGUGAUGAAUUUGAUUUUAACUAAUAACGACCGUAAACCAAUACUUAAGUUGUGCAGUUUGACUUUAAAUAAUAUUAAAAUAUCUGAUAGAGGAUUUAAUCUAAUUUUGAAACUUGCUCCAAAUUUAAAGGAUUUAAGUAUUCUUGAUUGUCAUUUAGUUGGUACAAACUCAGUCAUGAAAAGGGUUUAUCCCCACAGCAGUAAUUAUAUUGAUUGUUCAUUUACCAAGUACAAUUCAAAUGAUAUUUUUUCGGGGGAAAAUAUUUUACACCAUUUAAAUAAUUUUGUUCGCUUAAAUAGCCUUAGGUUAAAUGAUUGUAGUAGUAUAUUUUAUCGGAUUCAACCCAUACAACUUGAAAUUAAAUCAUUGUCGUUGAAUGUUUUUGAAACAAUUGAGAGUCUUUUUAAUCCCGAAUACCUCAUCGACUAUGAAAAAUUAAAGUUAGUAUUACGUCAAUAUAUAUUUUUAGAACAAUUAGAAAUAUUUGGCUUACCCGUUGAAAUGUUGUCAAUUGUUUCUGAACUAUAUAAUCUUCGACACUUGACAUUAAGUUAUACUAUUAAUGAUUCAAAUUACCUCGAUUCUGGCAAAUAUCUUAAAUCAUUAGUGGAAUCGUUUAAAAAUAUGAAAUAUAUCAGGACAUUAUCAUUAAAUUAUAGAGGUUUUCUUUCUGAUCUAGAUAUUGAUUCUGAACUUCCAAUAUAUCCGUUUCUGGAAUGCACACUGAAGUCUCUCACAUCAUUAGACUGUUCUCUUGAUUCAAAUCUAGGGGUAUUGAAAUUUGGUAAAAAUUUAACAAAUUUACGAAUAAGAAAUGGUGAUAUUCUUAAAGUCGAAGAUUUACAACUAUUAUUCAGAAAUCUCACUUAUUUAAAGCAUUUGUGGGUUGAAAAAUGUUCUGUAUUAAAUGAUGAAAUUUUUAUUAAACUGCCAAUAUCUAAUCUAAAAGAAUUGAUUACUUUACAUAUAAUACCAUCAAAUAUUUCACACCGAUGCUUGCGACACAUUACAAAUUCAAGAUUAAAAGUUUUGUACCUCACUGAAAUGUCAUUAGAACCGUGUUCAACGAAGGCAGAAUUAAAUGAAUUCAAACAUAGUAUAGAAAUUUUGAGUCAUGCUGUACCCAAGUUAACUCAACUCAAGAUACCUGCACAACGGAUGAGUAUGGAGAUAAUUAAACGGUCCGAUAAUUCAAUUUAUUUUGAAACUAAUUUUAUGGAAUUACUGAAAACUUAUUUUAAGAGGCUGAAGAUUUUGAAACUUUUCUACUAAUUUUAUAGUAAAUUUAAGGAACAUAAUAUUCAAAAUAUGUAUUAUUAAUGUACAUGUUAUUGGUUAUUAUUUUAAGUUUUUAAUUAUUAUAUACAAGCGGUUUACUCGGCGGGUUUUAUGGUAGCUGCUUAUAGUUAUAUAAGUUAAUAAUUGCAUACUAAUACAUCAAAGAAUAAACUUAUAACUAUUGCAGUAUUAAAAAACACAAAUAGAAAAGACCUUAUUUAAAAAAAAAUUGGCUUAUGAAGACUGGUAAGUGCUAAUUCAAAUCAUAUCUCCAAAAAUGUAGCAGUUUUUUAGUUUUUCAUUGAUUUUUUAAAUUGUUAAUCAACUAAAAAUUUUUGUUUGCAAUAAAAUUUCAUAAAUGUUACAUCAAAUUAAUGUAGUUUAGAUAAUGAGAUAUUUGAUUAAUAUUAUAUAUAUUGUGUUCUUAGCUCUUAUCCAUAAAAGUCACUGUAGAAAAUAUAUUUUAAGUAUUUUGAUGUUAUUAGCAUUAUGUUAGUUUCAAACAUUAAGCUUGAAUAUUUAUUGAUGUAGUAUUCAGGUAGUAUCAUUAUAGUUAGUUAUGAAUUAUUCUGUAUGUAAAGUUAUUGUAUUGACUAUUGAAUAGUUUUAAGUAAAACUUGUUUACGUGUAUAAUAUUGUAGAAUGUUUUUCUUUGUACUAUGCUAUAAUAAGUAGGUACCUAGUUAAUAGUAUUUACUAUUUUAAGGUUAAAAUAAAUACAC